AUACAGGGCACAGCACAUCAAUACAAACAGUAAAACACAGUGCUGACACAUUCAAUACAGGGCUAGGAUGUGAAUCAUAGACUCUGGAUGCGUGUCUCCCACAGAAUCACACGAAUACAAUGGAAGGAAAAACCUGACCUUGCAAUUUAGACAACAGCUAGAAACAGAUCAGGUUUAAACAGUAUUGAAAGCAAGAGAGAAACAAAUCGAAUACAUUAAAAAUGGCACGUUUUGUGCUUUUGCUUUUUCAAUUGUCUUUUUCAGCUCCUUAAUAUUCUUUCUCUCUCUCUCUCUCUCUCUCUCUCUCUCUCUCUGUGUCUCAGACAAAAUCUGGAUGCAAUGCAUCUUACGACAUGUCAUUAAUGUUGUUGUUUAUUUUCUAUUUUUUUUAAUGCUGCGCUGUCCCUGUCAAAUAAAUAAGUAAAUAAACAGAAAUGCUGCGUGAUCACGUGUUUCUAUCUGUGCCCCGCUUCUCGAGUCCUUUGUGACGUCCUCGCAGAGCGUCGUGGAGACUCGGGGCGGACGCGCUGCGCUGUCUGUCAUCCAGGUUUGUUUAUGAAGUGCAAAGAAACGGGUCCGCGUGUCUGUCUGUGUUUCUCGGUGUCUGGUGGAAGACGGCCCCUCAUGUCCGGGUAUUUCGAGGAGGGCUGUCUGUACCAGCCGCGGAUCAAGCUGGAGUCCCCGGAGACAGGCGAGUCGGAGGAGGAUUCGGGGGAGAUGCACGUGAAAGACGAGGAGGGGAAGGUGAUGGAGCCCGGGAAAGCGGGCGGGGGGAGCAGCGGGUUACCCUUCAACGUGGUAGUCGUGCACCCCAGCGUCGUGGGAACGGGGUACAGUCACCAUGACAACAGCAGCAGCAGCAGCGCGCAGCAGUCCCCAGCAGGGUUAGCCCCCAAGAAGCGGCGCAUGCGUUUCUCGGAGGUGGAGGGCCAGGUGGUUCUGACCCAGGUGGCGGAGCGCUGGGACGAGCUCCACGGGCAGAAGAGCAAGUUCUUGUUCCGGGGCGGGAAGAAGCAGAUCUGGAACGACAUCGCCCGGCUCGUCACGGCCAAGUCCCGGCGCGUGCGCUCCGGGGAGGACGUCCGCAAGAAGUGGACCUCAGAGAAGAAGCUGCUGAAGGAGAAGGGGGCCGGCCUGCUGCGAGCAAGGGCCCGCGGGACCCGGGGCAUGGCGGGGCAGCUCGGCGGGGGCGGCGAGGCGGGGGUGCAGUUCACUGCCCUGGAGCAGCGGCUCUGGAGCCUGAUGUGCUGCACUUUCGGAGGGGGGGUCGACCUGGCUGAGGCCUGCAUGGUGGGGGGGCUGGACGUGCCCGAGAUCGGCUUUGGUAAGAGUCUGGUGUAACACAAACACACGCUUCGCAGACGCCUCGCACACAU